AUGUAUGGCGCUCCCUUCACCACACCAUUUAACCUGGUGUGCGACAACAAGUGGAAACAACCAAUGUCCUCUCUCGUCUACUUCCUGGGAUCACUUUGUGAUCCCAGGAAGUAGACGAGGGAGCAGUUUGGCAGGAAACCUGUUCUGUUCAGUUCCAUUUUCACACUAAGUGUCUUCAACAUCGCUUUGAGUUUUGCUCAGUCCUGGGCCGUCUUCAAUGUGCUUUUCUUCAUGGUGGGCAUGGGUCAGCUCAGCAUUUACAUAGUUCUUCUUGUACUUGGUGCUGAGCUCCUAGUUGAUGUUCCAAGAGUUCUCUUCAGCAGCCUUGGUUUGAGCUUUUUCUAUGCGGCUGGUAUGGUGGCAUUCCCUGGCACCGCCUACAUAGUCAGGAACUGGAGACAUCUAUCAGUGUUAAUGGCUUUGCCUGGUCUGGCCUGUUUCUCCCUUUGGUGGCUGGUUUCAGAAUCUCCUCGCUGGCUAGUGUCCAAAGGCCGUUUUAAAGAAGCAGAACUCCUGCUAAGGUUUGCUGCUCUGGAGAACGGAGUGGAAUUUCCAUCUGACCUCUUUUGCUCAGCAAAAUCUCAACAGUCGCAGCAACCCGAACAACCUCAGCAAUCUGAACAACCUCAGCAAUCUGAACAAUCUCAGCAACCUGAACAACCUCAGCAACCUGAACAACCUCAGCAACCUGAGGUUUCUGGUUACCUGGGUCUGCUGAGGAACACAACCACUCGAAGUAUCACACUCGUAGUGUGGUUUCUCUGGUUUUCUUUGAAUGUGAGCUGGUUUGGAUUAUCAUUCAAUAUGACUACUCUCUAUGGCAACCCCUUUCUGAACUACGCCUUGCUGUCACUAAUAGAUAUCCCAGCACACUUGGUCAGCUGGUUUAGCGCAAAAUAUUUUCCUCGCCGCGUGUCCUUUAUUGUCUUCUCCCUGCUGGGGGCGCUGGCACUCUUCCUCAUCCAGAUCACUUUGCACAAGUAUCACAACAUCACCCUCACCCUGGUGCUGAUAGGUAAAUUUGGAGUCCUGGCUUCUGAAAGUAUCCUGCAGCUGCUCACUGGAGAGCUGUCUCCCACAGUCAUCAGGAAUACGAUGUUGUCGUCUGCUGCCUUAUUCUCCAGAGCGGGGUCCUGUAUCACCCCAUACAUAUUGCAGCUGGCUAUGUUCUACGAGUUCCUGCCGUGGUUGACUUUGAGUUUCCUGUCAGUCAUCGGUGUCUUUGUCUCCCUUUUCCUUCCGGAGUCAUUUGGAAAACCGCUUCCUGAUACUAUCGAUCAGAUGCAAGUCAUUAAGAAGUAA